AUGGCAGAAAGAAUACUACAAGAUAUAGCAGAACAAAAAAAGCGUCUUACAAAAGCGCAAAUCAAUAAAAACACGGCAGAGCAAGCAGAUGCCUACUGCAAUCUAGGCAGAGCUUACUACUCCCUCGGGGACUUCCAUCAAGCAAUAGAGUACCACAAACAACACCUCAGCAUUGCCAAGGAAAUUGGUGACAGGGCAGGUGAGGGAUGUGCCUAUGGCAAUCUAGGCUGUGCAUAUGACUCCCUCAGCGAAUUCCAGCGAGCAAUAGAGUACCACAAUCAACACCUCAGCAUUGCCAAGGAAGUUGGUGACAGGAAAGGGCAAGGCAAAGCUUAUGGCGGUCUCGGCGCUACUUAUCACCGCCUUAAUGAAUUCCAAAGGGCAAUAGAGUACAACAAUAAAUACCUCAUCAUUGCCAAGGAAGUUGGUGACAGGGAAGGGCAAGGCAAAGCCUAUGGCAAUCUCGGCGCUACUUAUCACAGCCUUUAUGAAUUCCAAAGAGCAAUGGAGUACAACAAUAAAUACCUCAUCAUUGCCAAGGAAGUUGGUGACAGGGCAGGGCAAGCGGAAGGCUAUGGCAUGCUCGGCAAUAUUUAUUUAAUUCUCGGCGAAUACCAACGAGCAAUAGAGUACACCAAUAAAUGCCUCAUCAUUGCCAAGGAAGAUGGUAACAGGGCAGGGCAAGGCAAAGCCUAUUCCAAUCUCGGCGCUGCUUAUCACAGCCUUCAAGAAUUCCCACGAGCAAUGGAGUGCCACAAGAAACACCUGACCAUUGCCGAGGAAGUCGGUGACAGAAAAGGAAAAGGACGUGCCUAUUUAAAGAUCGGCGACAUUUAUAGAUCCUUCGGCGACGUGUCACGAGCAAUGGAGUACUUCAAGCAAUGCCUGAGUAAUGCCGAGGAAAUUUGUGACAGGGAUGGACAGGGAGGUGCCUAUUGCCGCCUCGGAAGUUGUUAUACAAAUCUCCACGACUUAAAGAAAGCAAUAGAGUGUUACAAGAAACACCUGACCAUUUCCGAGGAAAUCGGUGACAGGAUGGCAGAAGCAUGUGCCCAUAGCAAACUGGGUCAAUCUUUUUUGUAUUCAGAUUCUUUGAAUGAGGCUUUAGAACAUUUUAGAUGCUGUGUUAAAAUCUAUGACACUAUUAGAGCCAAUUCUAUCUCGGAAGAUCAAUUGAAAAUAAGUUUCUGUACGCGUCAUCAAUGUGCCUAUACUCUUUUAUGGCAAGUUUUAGUAAAGCUUGAAAGGAAUGAUGAGGCUUUAUACGCUGCUGAGAGGGGACGAGCACAGGCUUUGCUCGAUGCGUUAAAAGUAACUUAUGGCCUUACAUCACUUUCUCCCAGUUCAAUUGAAUCUGGAGAAGAAGUCAGAAAUAUUUCAAGGAAGACAACUGUUUUCACAGUUUUCCUUGCCCUGCAAAAGAAAACAGUCAAUAUGUGGGUAUUACGAAAAGAAGGCAAGCCUGUUUCUAGGCGAAAGAGGCUGGAUAUUGGAAGUGAAGGCGAAGAUUCUUUUGUUCUCCUUCUAGAAACCGUUUUGAAAAAUAUUGGGGCUGGCGUCGGUAUCAGGUGCGAAAUGGAUAAGCUGAGUGAUGACUCUUUACAGCCAUUAUAUGAUCCAGUUAUUGGUCCCAUUGAAGACUUGCUUGAUGGUGAUGAGCUAAUUGUAGUUCCUGAUGAAAAUCGGUCAAUGGAUAAGCUGAGUGAUGACUCAACUCCCUCAAGUACUCGAGACGACAAUCAAACAUCGGAGCCAUCACAGGAGACCAUCGACUUUUUACAGCCAUUAUAUGAUGCAGUUCUUGGUCCCAUUGAAGACUUGCUUGAUGGUGAUGAACUAAUUGUAGUUCCUGAUGGCGCUUUGUCUAAAGCUCCUUGGGCAGCCCUGAGUGAAACUUUAAGGAUCCGGACUGUUCCCUCUCUGACAAGUUUGAAAGUCAUCACAGAUUCUCCAAUUGAAUACCACAGUAAAAGUGGAGCCUUACUUGUCGGAGAUCCAUGUUUGGAGAAAGUUAAAAAUAAAAGGGGGAAGCCCAUUUAUGAUCCACUUAAGUAUGCAAGAAUGGAAGUGGAGAUGAUUGGAGAAAUUCUAGAGAGUCAACCUUUAACAGGUGAAGAUGCAACCAAAGAAGCGGUACUUCAGAGAAUCGGGUCAGUUGCUUUGGUUCACAUUGCAGCCCACGGAAGGCCGGAAACCGGAGAAAUUGUUUUGGCCCCAGACCCCCGAUGGGAAUCCAAGCCUCCUAAGGAGGAGGACUGCAUUAUGAAAAUGUCUGACAUACAAGCUGUUAAGCUGAGAGCGAGACUGGUUGUGCUAAGUUGCAGCCACAGUGGUCAAGGAAAGGUAUCGUCUGAGGGUGUGGUCGGUAUGGCACGUGCUUUCUUGUUUGCUGGUGCUCGUUCCGUGCUGGCGACACUUUGGGCAAUUGAUGACGAAGCCACAAUGAUGUUUAUGGAAUCUUUCUACCAACAACUUGGAAGUGGAGAAAGUGCAAGUGUUGCUCUUCAGAGGGCCAUGAAAUGUCUUCGAGACUCCCACGAUUUUUCUGCCCCGAAGUACUGGGCUCCAUUUGUUCUGAUUGGUGAUGAUGUUAAGAUUGAAUUGAAGAAGAAACAUUGAGGAAAUUGUAAGUAGAGAGUUUUUAUUACUUUUCUCUUGCUUUUCUUUAUUAAGGGUCCUAGAAAUAGAAGGCUCAAGAAGAAAAGUCAGAACUAUUAUUUUCAACUUGAAAUGUAAGAAUAUUGGCAGACUUGAUAAUAACGGGGAAAAAAAGAGAAAUGUAUACACAGUAAGGAUAGGUGUGCUAAUUAUGUACCGUUAAUGGCUUCACACAAUCACAUGUUAUUCCUACCAAGCAAAUCUUUAGAAAUCAUUCGAACACUAGAUCACCCUACUUUUCUCAAUUCUUAGAUAAUUUAGGGACAAUAUAUGUGAAAGAUACACUUUGCAAUAAGCUGCCUUCAAUUUCUUAGAGUACUAGCUCUAUAUGUUGAGCUUUGUUGACCAAUAAUUAAUAGCUUCAUGAAAAACAAACAUGUCUAAUAUGACAAAUGUUUCUCAUUUUGCCAUUUUUCACAUCAUCAUUCAAGGCAUCCUAAAAUUUACCGCUUUGAUCUUAAUUUAAUUUUAAAAAAAUGUGAAUUAAUGCCUCAAUUGCUACUUUCUUUACAGGGAUGAGCUGAAAGUUUGAUGUCAACACAACUGCUGAAGUAGCGUGUAUAUAUCUGGAUUUCCCCAAAGAAGGCAGUUCGUUAUUUAAUUGAGGAAUGUCCUCAAUGGGACGUUUGGUAAAAAAGCGUGUUUUAUUUUAGUCAUUUUUUCAGACGAUAUUAGAGAGAUUUAGAGCGACGCUAACGGCGAACGGCAAACGUCAGCAAAUUCAAGUUAAGAAUUUCUUAAAAUAGAAAAUAUGCAGAUAAAAUGAAUACAGCUCAAAGCAACUUUUAUGGAUAAAACUAACUUGAAACUAACAUUUUUUGUAGAUUUAAUUAACAGCAAACGAGAAGUGAAGGGAAUACUUGGUCACGUGGUGCAAAUCCACGCUUUGCCGUAAACGUAACUCUAAAUCUCUCUAAUUAAUACUCAUCAAAAAAACGUUUUUAAAUCAGCCACGGUUACACUUAUUAAUUUUAACUUAGGAAAAAGACAGAGAAUUUUCGUGGGGAAAGAACUUAACGUUGUUUACAAGUAUUUCGUUACUCCCGCGAAACUGACUGAGUAGUAGUAUGGAUGGUUGCCCCUUUUCUCGAGUAACCUGCCUUAACCGGCAAAUUAUAAUUUGGCAAAGGAAAAUUGCGUUGUAAUAAUCGUAAUAUUGAUGAUAAUGAUAAUCACCAUCAUCAUAAUCUUAAUAAUUCCUUUUCAGUUUUUUCCCCUCGGCUUUAAAGCAAAUGACUGAAACAAAAAAUUCAAAUUAAUUUAAUAGGGUUAACCCUCGGACGUACACGCAAACCCCCACCGUGGUACGAGGGGCAGGGGGGGGGGGGCGCGGGUUGGGUGGAUCGAACUCCUUAACAGAGUUUUUGAUAUGUUGCAGUAUUUUGAAACGAUUUUGCCUUCAGUGAAAAGCCUUUGAUCUACUCAGCAAAAUGAGGUAUAUUUUAUGGGUGGUGACGCUGCUGGAGACCUGUGACUUCACCAACAAUGGUCGCCAUCUUGACCGCCAUUCUGGAUUUUACCUAGAAUCAGAAAUCAAGUCAAAAUCGCGAUAAAUGGUAAUUUUUUGUGCUUCACAUGCAAAAUAAGACACAAAUAAGCCCUUUGCGUCAUUUCACUGACAAGUUUUACUUUUAUUGUUGAAAAAAAGUUGAAAGAACAUGCAUUUUCACUCAAAAAUGGCUUGACCACCUGCCACUUAUGACGUCAUAUCUCGUAACCAUAGUAACUGACCCUCCCUAAACUUUCCUCAAAAUGCGAGCGAGGAAUAAACUAACAGCUACUGAAAACGUCAGGUGCUGAUGUUUUAUCGUCUAAAAAAAAUCUAAAAAACCUCAGAGGAGGGGAGACCCCCCCCCCCCUUGAACGUCCGAGAGUUAAGAAUCCCAACGCGACGGAGACGAAACAAUUAACUAUUUACAAGCGUGGCCGUGGUUUCAGUAGAGUGAUUCAGAUUUUAAUCAGAUAAUUUUGAAAAUUUUAAGUAUGCACUGUAAGUAUUUUGGUCACAAUUCAGUGGUUUAAGGUUAAAAGGGUGUAUUAGGUUUUCAAUGAUUGAUCCCCGGUUUCCCAGAAGUAGUAAUUAUUUUAUAUAAAAAAAAUGAAUAUGUUCAUGUCUUGUUGAUCCUUCGUGUAUAAAUUGGUGGACAGUACAAAAUGCAGACUGCAGAUAUCGCGAGGUCACUGGUCCAAAUCCCGUUGAAGUCCUAAAUUUUUUUUUCAGCCUUCUUACGCAAUUAUUGCAUAAAUUGCGUUCACAACUGCGAGGAUCAUUCUUCGUUUGAUUUCAUUUCCGCAGUUCUCAUAUACGAUUUAUUUCAUAUGCACUUGUCAAUGGGACUAUUGUUGUCACGUUCCCAUUUGCAUGGUAAAAACAAUGUUUUGCACUGAGAGCAGUCUGCAUUCUGUACUGAUGCUAUAAAUUGGGACACACAUUGUGUCACUUAAUUAAAACUGCUUUUAAAUUUAAGUAAAGUGGGAUUCCAGGGGCGAGCUUAACUUAUAUGGAUAAAUUGUUAGCGUUUCAUACAAAGAGUAAACAUUUAGCCUUCCAUGUUUUGGAAUAAAUAUGCUCGUAGUUUUAAGAGUAAGUUUUAGACGAUACAUUGAAUAGCCUGCGCAGAGAUAGGAGCGAGUGACCGCUGGCAAAUUGGACCGUCUAAGAAUCAUUAGAGUGACUUUUGCCUUAUUUUAAUAACCCUUUUUUAGGAAAAGCGUUGCCAGAUAGUCCAUCUAUGCCGGCAAACAAAGGAAAAAGGGCCCGAAAUCUAAUUUUCAUCCAAAAACAAGAUUUAUUUUCCUUCUCUAUUUUCUCACCACCACUUCCUUGUAGAGCUGAAUCCGCCUCUGUCUCUGCACUCGUAGACUAUUUGUUCUGCCAUUAAACUAGGUUUAACUCUUAAUCUUGCUUCUUAAUUACUGCGAGUCAUUUCAAUCAUAAAAACGUUUUCGUGUAUUAUUGCGUUAGUGCUCCAGCAGCUUUAAUUGAUGUCGAUUUUAAAGUAUCCAAACAGUGGAAGACUUAGAUUAAGAUUUUCGACGCUCCAAUAACUUAAUGAAGUUUUGUUGUAAUUGUGCUAGGUUGUAAAAGUUGGGCUUUUUAAUCAAAUAGAUCAGUUCCAGAAACCGUAUAGAGUAACGUUCUGAAGUUUGGCAUUCUAUUGAGAAUCUGACCUAUUUUUACUGCUUCUAGAUCGCUUUUCUCUAGGCCAUUGACUUUUAGCCAUCCCUCACUUAUUUAACGGAGCUGCUUUAAUUUAGGGAUGUCACCAUUAGAAAAAAAGGAUAGGAGGUUGGGGGAAGGCAAACUCAUUAGUAAGAAAAAAAUUUACACACGGACCAUGAUCAAAAAAGCUGUUCGAGGAGGAAAAAUAGAUUUCCACCUCAGGGGUAAAAAGAAAACUUUCAUAGACCUCCCAAAAAUUCAACCCAGCCCCUUUACUUUCCUAAUGGUUCAUCCCUUAUACCGCCCCAUGUAACGGAAUCUGGAAUCUGGGAAAUCCAGAAUCCUGGACUUUGGAGUCCGGAAUGCAGCUCAAAGAAUCUGGACUCCCAAUAGCAAUUGGAAUUGAGAAUUCAAGUUCCACUGACAAAGACUUGAAACGAGUACCUGUAAUCCGGAAUCCGUGACGUGGAAUCCAGAAUCCCAUACCAUCGUGGAUUCUCUUACGGUGAUUUAUAGGUCGGCUUGUUGAACUGCUUCUACUUGAUCCCAACGCGUUGCACGAUACAAUGUUUAGUUUCUGAUGUAACCUUCAGAGAAGUAAUGUUGUAUUAAACCUGAAGAAAACGAGAUGUUUACUGUGAUUGUUGAUCUCUUCGAUGCCUUAAACCAUUUUAAAACAACUUCUCCUUGAAUUGGAAUGAUCAAUAAUAUUUGAUUACCAAACCACUCCCCCCUCAGAGGCGCUAAACAUUUUUGAUUCUAGGACGUUUUUCACAUUCUGUCAUCAAAUUAUCCCGCUAGGUUAAUCGGUUUUCAAGCAAGGAAACCCAACUUUCAAGCAGAAGUUUGAUGAAAACCAUUUGACCUCGUUUCGCCAUACAACGUCAUAAGAAGCAUAAAGGCGCCAAAAACUCAUUCCGCUAUAUUUUCAAAGAGUACCAUGGUAGUGACCCAUAACCGUGUCACGGGUCUCUUGGCAGCCAAAUGACUCAGUUAAACAAAAACGUAUUCAAACCAAUUUUCGACAUCCAGAAAUGUACUUUUGAAACAGCAAAGGAAACUUUUGUCCAUAUUUAUCAAAGCUAGAAUUUCAUCGUUAAUCCUAGCAAUCUUGCCACUUUCAAUUGAGCAGUACCGAUCUAGAAAGUGGAUCGUCUCAUAUCGGAUAGGUUUCUGUGCAACUCUUCGUCGCAGUGUGAAUGGGUAACGGGUAUUCCAACCGUGAUGUUAAUAAAAGAGUAGGAGUGAGGACUGAAACCCAGAAAAACGGAAGUAAAUAUCAAGCGGAAGUUAGGAUUGGGAAUUAUUUCGCCAAUCCCUCUCGGCCAACUACUCCAGACUCGUACCCAGUCGCUAUUUAUUCAUCCCCGCGCGCCUCAAUCUUCUCUCCAAUCUCCAAUCUCCAAUCUUCUCUCACCCCAAAAACACAUAAAUAGUGAAUAGGUGCGAUUGUAGACAUUUAUAGAUUUUCCUCUCCAGGCAUGGGCAGAGUCAAGCUUAAGUACACACCUGGUCAAUCGUGAAGCAUGCAAUACUGCAAAUUUUAAUCAUAUUUCCAAACAUAGUCAUGUUAACCAGUGCCUAUAUUGAACGCCUAUUGAAUGAGAUUUUGUGAUAUCCGGAAUAAUCAAAGGUCUAGGUGUUACCAGCCGGGCCAAAGGCUGAGGCUCAUAACACUUACCGAGACCUUGAUUAUUCCGGGUAUUACAUAAAGCUAAUCUAGUCAUACAUUGUUUUGAAGAAAAUAACAACACACCGUCGCCCGGAACAUAGUUUGACAUUGCUCUUGGGAAUCAUCAGUGUGCACGCGAACUGCAGACAAGUCAGUUAUCUGCUAGCAGAUAAUUAACUAAUCUGUAGGUUGCGCUUAUUUUCAAAAUAAACUGUAGGCUCUUAGCUAAUGAGAAGGCACGUAGUAAGUGCAAUGUAUAACAGUUUUAUUUAUAUGUAUAUAAAUUUAUUUCUUGCAAACAGACUUGCAAGGCAAACAAAUAAUUCAUGCACAGAGUUAUUAGUCACUAUAAUAAAUUAAGGGUUGUUGAGGAUAUAAGUAUGGAUGCGAAAAACAGACUUAAAAAAUUUAGCAAAAAAAUUCAAGAGGAAGAAGACACGACGUAGCUAGUCCUUGAUUAAACCCCUCGCCAGUAGAUGGGUGUGGGGAAGGAGCCUGGUCAAAAGAAGGGAGCCGCAAGGUAUCACGGGAGGUAACCAUGACAACCGGGUGAGCGGGAACCAACACGCAUCGUCGUGGGUGAUAGAUUAGUCCUUAAUUUUGGCGCGAAAUUUCAGCGUUAAUUUAUAAUUUCACUUGUGAAAUUACAAAAUUGCCAUUGAUGGCACUGACGUUCCGUACGUCUCAGUGCCAAGAUGAAGUAGAAAAUUCAAAAUGUUAUGAAUGAAGAUUUCGGGGCGGGGCAUCUAAAGACGCUUUAGAAAACCUGAACACACGAAAGAACACAUCAAGAACACAUCAAGAACUAUUUUGCCGCAAUACUUCUGAUACUUGUGAACUUAAGCCAAAUUUUAAGAUCUAAAACUUUCAGUGCGUGGAGUUCUCGAUAAGAUAAAUAAGAUAUGCCAACUAAAAUCACUUUUCCUAAGCAACCUUUCUCUAAGAACUAGUCAAUAGGGCUGUGGAUACUUUUGACCACAUCUAGUGAGGACGUCACAAUUACACCCUGAAGGACAAGUAAGGAUGCCACGCUGCACCAUUCUCUACAAAAACAAAUAAUUAACUAUUAUUGGAGGAGGGAGAGAAACGUUAUGUGUUUCGUCAGUUACGAUCAGUUAGGAGCAAAUCAAUUAUUGGUCUAUGCCGAGAGCGGUAGUAAAUAAUUGAUAGGCUUCAUUCUGUUUCUGUGCAAUACAACCUUUAGAUUUAUACCGCAGUGAAGCAGAAUUUGUUGUUGUUCAUGUAAAGACUGUCACACGAGAUCAUUCGAAUGCAAUUUUCUAGUAGAACUUUAAAAAUAGUCAGAACCUUCUUGGAUUGUGGUUCUGUAACUAAAAACAAUGUAUAUACCAUCUUAGUGUAUAUUAAAGAAAGAAAAACCGCUGAAUUGGGCAACUGAAAUCCUUUAUUUUACUAACAAGCUAAACGCCAACGUACAACAAAAACCUUGCUAUUGCCAUUAUGAAGUCGUCACUUCAGAAGUAAAGAAACCUUAAAAGUUCAUAAAAGUUCACUCUAAAAAUUUGCAUGCACAAACAAAAUUUAUAAAACCAUAACAUAUUUUUUUUAGUAGCCCUUUAUUAUCAUUUGGUUUUGACUGGCAAGAUAAAACGCGACCUUCAACCUGUAAUAUUCGAUAGGCAAUUUUGACACUCUAGCCGGAUUUAUGAAAACCGUACCAUCGGACUCCAGGAGCCCACACACCUUAAACUGACUCAACUAGAGUAAAUAUCGCCAAGAAACUCAGCUCUUACCCAUGGUUCUCUUAAGGUGUCCCUCUUCUUGGUUCCUGAUUAGCAAAAGAAACUUUCAAGUCCAUCAAAAAGACACUCUGGACUUGUCCGUACACCCUAGCUGCUUAAAGGCCCUAAAUGACGGAGGACGCUUGAGACUUAACCAAGUUCUAAGCAGAGAAUUCAAGGUUAAAUCACCCCCCUGACUUCCUCCACCCCCCCCCCUGCCCAGCCUAGCACGUGCUUGAGGGGAAUGCUUUCAUUGGCCAAUGGGCCUCAAACGUUACAAGAAUUUGACAUGACAAACUAAAGGCAGACAUGACCAGUGCACUGACUCUCCCAGAGCAGGACUAACGGAAGGUACCACGAUUUUGCAGCACCCUCCCCCCCUAGGGAUUGACAUGGAGGCCCCUUUCCAACCCAUGGCGAGUUAGCUCAGGGACUGAGCUUGACAAUGAGACCAACCAGGACAGCAAGCCCCCUAUGGUUUUUCUCACCGCAGUCGGACCAGAAACCUGGCUAUCGCCAGGUUUCUGUGCGAAUAUUCUGGCCCAUUUUGAGUUAUGUUUUCAAAAAUUCAGCUAGACACUACAUAAAAGGCGAAAAAACACCUUAACUAAUAAGACUAACUAUAAAAUAUCACCUAAAUAUUUUCUGUAUAUCGCAUAGAAAUACGCCAAUUAUCAAAUCUAAUUAUAGAUUGCAGCGAUCUAAAGAUGUAAAGCUAUAAAUCCGAACCUACCUCCACCUAGACGGCGCCAUUUUUCUUGCCGUGACAGCGGAUCGAGAGCAGAAAGGCCAACUAGUUCCAGUCCUACUCCGCAUCACAGCUGAACCAGCUUCUUACGCCCCUAUUACUACUAGUGGAAUCCGUCAGUGAUUUGGGAUUACAUUUAUCUGAGGAACUGCUUACAGUGCUAGUGGAGCCAGCGCAACUGGCUACCAAACAAUACCAGGCCUGAAACAAUACUUUAAAGCAGCAUACAACUUUGAAGCGUAACCCUAGAACCUAUCCCCGUCACGCAUGCUCUUUUCCGGUUUUUCAAAAUAUGGAUAUUGAUCAAACAGGAUCAUCAAUGAAAUCCCAUUCCGAAGAGAGAAAAACCCUGAGCGGUUUACUUAUACUGAUGAGCACGGAAAGAGUGAAUCUGUCUAGGCUGCGUAGUAGUCGUCAAAAGAGGUAAGAGAUUGGAAGGAAGCGGGGAGGGAGGGGUUGGUAAGUUGAUACGAUGGGAUCAGUAGAUGAUUGAAACUGGCAAACUGCCUCAAUAUCAUGUAAUGCUGUAACCAUAGCACCUUUGAUAAAAUUGUAGCGGAUAUAGAAAAUUGGGAGGAGUUUGAAGGAAAACUAUCUUUCGAAAUAUUACGACUGAAAUUUGUCACCAGCCCGGUUGUCAAGCAAGUCCCAGGGGUAGCGCAUAUGACAGCAAAUCUGUGACGUUCGAUUUGACUUCAAGUCACACACAAAGUGUGAGUCUCAUUAGAAGGUCACUUCCGGCAGUGUUCGGAGAAAAACAGGAAGUAUCAUUCCAACUUCCUUAGUGGAAGAUUCCAUCAAAAAGCUACAGCAUCUGUUAUAAGAUCUCGUUGUGAGCUUUUUUUUAUUUCGUUUAGGGAAAUAUUUUAAAAUAACUGUACAUUAGACUUAAUGUGCCCCACGUAUGUUUUUAAGUUUUCAAAUUUUCAUGGGUGGCUGCAUUUUGGAGCUAUUUCUGGAAGCACUUGCGUCACUUUUGUUGACGUAAUUUGAUCAAAGUGAAAUUGAAAGCUGCAUUAUAAAGGAAGGGAAAAAUCCCAUAGGUUCAACUUUUUCUUCGUAGAAGGGUUGAUUGUUGCUUUAACACAGGUACGUUUUAUAUAACUCCUGUUAUUUUGUGUAUGAAAAUACAAUUGACUUUGAUACUGAAAACUUGUCUUACGAAGUAUGAUUUCAUUCUGUUUCAUUGUAGACCCUUUCAUCGUGACAAAUCAAGCGAAGUAUCAAGACUACUUAGGAAUUGAUAACUGAGGUAGGCAUUGCAUUAGCUGAAGUUACACUACAACUCCAAGGUUCCUUUACCUUAGAAAUGCAUUAUAUUUGGUUGUAUACCUGCCAACUCUCACGCAUCAUACGCGACAUCGAUCUCGCGCACAAGGCAAUCGGACCUUGUCACGGUUUUCGACGCCAUCUUGGACCACCUUGAGGAGUAGGCAAACGCGUGAGAAAUUACAGUGUUUGUAUGAGAAUCUAAUGUCGAAUAAUUUCCGUAAAACGGCUGUUCUGAAAAAAAUAUCAGUUGUAAACUAAAGCUUCACUCCUAGGGAUUCUCCUGAAAAACUUUAAGGGCGUUACAUGUACUAGAAGACCUAGAACCAUUUUUUAAAUUUUUCUAUACAUUUGGCUGUAGGAAAGUCCCGGGAAAAUUACAGACAAAUACAUGGAAAAUCUAAAGCAAGCCUCUGGGGAAAUUUAGGCACGGGUACGCCCCCCAAAUUUUUUAGGACAAUCCUUUGCUUUGUAGCUUUAGUUUACAAUUGAUAUUUUUUUCAGAACAGCCUUUUUGCGGAAAUUAUUCGACAUUAGAUUCUCAUACAAACACUGUAAUUUCUCACGCGUUUGCCUACUCGUCAAGAUGGCGUCGAAAACCGUGACAAGGUCUAUUUCUCACCGUGCUGACUCACAAUUCCACUCAAAUUGUUAUUUAAUACAUGAUUAAUAACGAAAAUUUAAUUCGAUUUCCACAAAUAUAUUCCAAAAGGGCUUUGAAUGAUGACUUUGUGUCCUAACGAAAUCAAAACACGCUGAAGUUAUCGUGUCUUUUAGUGCUCAAAGGUCGUUGGAACAUCUUCGGGAGUUAUCGGUAAAGUUUACAAGGCUUCGGAAAUUAUCAAAAAUCCUCCGAAGACGCUGGGACGUUUUCGAAAAUUACGCGAUCAUGGCAUGGCGAAAAUCUCACGCAUUUGAGCCAGAAAAAGCUGCCAGGUAUAGGUAUAUGGUUGUUAAUCUCCAGGAAACUUUUGUCAAAGCAUGUCUGUUUAAUAAGGCCAGGUUGUCUAUGGUCUUUUAGUUCCCAUCAUAUAGGAUUCCCCCCCGGGGGGGGGGGUACUGCCAUAUAUGGGCUAUAUAGGUAUGUGCCGCUGUGAAGGGUAUGGUUUUCAAGCAGUUUACUCUAGGAUAGGGUAUAUAAAUCAGAACAUUUGGGUCUAGAAUGGGGCAUCAUUUUUCAGGAAACUGAUCAGUUGGUUCAAGAUUUUAUCUAGACUAGGGAAACAACUACUCUAGGAUAGGGGGGAUUUGGGGAGUUUACUCUAGUAUAGGGUAGCAAAAUUUAGCUGAACUAGCUCUGGUAUAGGUUAAGAAUUCCAGGGUCCCGGCGGAACAUCCCUUCCCAGAAAUUCCUAAAGUACCCCCCCCCCCGGGGGAUUUCCUCUCAGCCCUUUCACUGAUUUAUUACUGAAGCAUCCAUCUUAUCCCACUCUGUAUACAGUUAAACCUCCAUUAAGCGGCCAGUAAUCAAAGUCCCGAAAUAAUUGUAGUAAAGAAUGGGAAAUUAAACCUCUACUGAGCGGUCACCUCUAUGAAGUGAUCGCGGCCACCUUUUUGCCUUUCCAACGAGAGUUUUCCUAUCGUUGUCACCUCUAUUAAGCGGCUAUCACUAAGAACACUUGACGAACUAAAUUUGCCUUUAUUUUAAGAAUAUGACGAAGGAAAACAGACCGAGAUAGAAGGUGACGACCGAUUGAGGACCAGUAAUGCUGCCCCCGUUGCGUGUUUGUUUUAAAAUAAAGUGAUGUUUCCGCUCGGUUAUAAAGAUUAUGCUAAUUUAUGACAUGGUCUACGACGAACCUCCAUUGAGAGGCCAACCUCCCUUAACCCUGGCUGGUAUCCCGAGGGUGGCCGCUUAAUGGACGUUCAACUGUACGUACUCAUAGUCAUAUUCAUCAUUUGUGUUAAAUUAUAAGCGCAAGCUGCAAACAGAAAUCUUUCUAAUCCGGCUCAUUCUCGAACGGAUGUAUUGAAAAAGAACUUGCAAUCUUCCUAAGUGAUAUAACACAAAGGAACUCAAAGAAGUCAAGAUAGCAGAGCUAUACUAAGGGAAGCAGCAGUUAAAAAGGAAAAAACGAAACACUUCCCAGGUUUUUACACCGAGUAAGAUUUAAGCUGGAGCCAAGCAUGAGCCAGGGGCCAGAGGGAGAGGGGGGCGGGAGUGAGGCCCUGAAUAAACUGAAUUGGAAAACUCUCGCAAGACGUAGGGUCGAGCAUAGGGAAACUUUUAUUUAUAAAUGUUUGAAUAACUUAUUUUCACGUCGUUUUAAUAUUGAAUUCAAUAAGGAUAAACAUGAUUCUAAUACUAGAUGUAAAAACAAUAUCCGUAAGAACUGGGGCCAUUGGACGUCGACAAACUUUGCCUCAAACGAUUGGAAUAAAUUGGACCUUUCAAUCAGACAAAGCCCAUCAUUAGCUAGUUUUAAAAGAGUGUUCAGAAAUGUAAAUAGUUUUUAGUUUAAUUUUUAUAUAUUCAUAUAUUAGUCUUUAUUUUUCCUUUUUGUUCUUUUUUAAUUUUUGAGGACUCUUUUGUAAAUCACUUAUCAGUGAAAUUGAUAUCCUCAAUAAAGAAUAUUAUUAUUAUUAUUAUUAUUAUUAUUAUUAUUAUUACACGACGCCAAAAAACACGUAGAAGGCUAACUAUUUGUGGCAAACCAAAUGCAACUGCGAUAGAAAAAAUAAAAUAAUACAGGAGCGAAUUCUAAGUAAGCUUUUAUGCUGGGUUUUAAUUCUACUUUUAGUCUCCGUUAUCGUACGUUGUCGUACAUAAAGAGAAAUAUAGUAUCAACGAAAGAAUCAAAUCACAACAUAUCUAGUAUACUUUUUUGCAGAAGAGCUGAAAUAGCAAGGCCAGCAAAAAUGUCACAGCCACAACUAUCUUCUUGAAAAGCAGUAGAUCUUAUCCGCAAAUUAUUAUUGGAAUGGCUGAGAAAGGACAAACAGAGGCUAAUUGUAAUCUUGAAAACAACGGGAUUGCCAAUGAAGUUGGAAAGAGGAGAGGGGAAGAAAAAGGAAAUAGUCAUAUUAGCGACGCCAAAGAUUUCAAGAACGCUAUAGACCGCCAUGAACAAGACCUCAAAAUAUCAAGAGAAGUGGGAGAUAAGGCAAGAGAACGAACAGCAUACUGUAAUCCUGGCAGCGCCUAUUACAGUCUUGGACAUCUCCGGAAAGCCAUAGAGUACCAUGAACGACACCUCAAAAUUUCGAAAGAAGUGGGAGACAGGGCAGGAGAAGGAAGAGCGUACUGUAAUCUUGGCAACGCCUAUGACAGUCUUGGAGAUUUCCAGAGAGCCAUAGAGUACCAUGAACGACACCUCAAAAUUUCGAAAGAAUUGGGAGACAGGGCAGGAGAAGGAAUAGCGUACGGUGAUCUUGGCAACGCCUAUGACAGUCUUGGAGAUUUUCAGAAAGCCAUAGAGUACCAUGAACGAGACCUCAAAAUUUCGAAAGAAGUGGGAGACAGGGCAGGAGAAGAAAUAGCGUACUGUAAUCUUGGCAACGCCUAUGAAAGUCUUGGAGAUUUCCAGAGAGCCAUAGAGUACCAUGAACGACACCUCAAAAUUUUGAAAGAAUUGGGAGACAGGGCAGGAGAAGCAAUAGCGUACGGCAAUCUUGGCAACGCCUAUGACAGUCUUGGAGAUUUUCAGAAAGCCAUAGAGUACCAUGAACGAGAUCUCAAAAUUUCGAAAGAAGUCGGAGACAGGGCAGGAGAAGGAAAAGCGUACUGUAAUCUUGGCAACGCCUAUAACAGUCUUGGAGAUUUUCAGAAAGCCAUAGAGUACCAUGAACGACACCUCAAAAUUUCGAAAGAAGUCGGAGACAGGGCAGGAGAAGGAAAAGCGUACUGUAAUCUUGGCAACGCCUUUAGAAAUCUUGGAGAUUUUCAGAAAGCCAUAGAGUACCAUGAACGACACCUCAAAAUUUCGAAAGAAGUGGGAAACAGGGCAGGAGAAGGAAGAGCGUACGGUAAUCUUGGCAACGCCUAUGACAGUCUUGGAGAUUUUCAGAAAGCCAUAGAGUACCAUGAACGAGACCUCAAAAUUUCGAAAGAAGUGGGAGACAGGACAGGAGAAGGAAGAGCGUACGGUAAUCUUGGCAACGCCUUUAGAAAUCUUGGAGAUUUCCAGAAAGCCAUAGAGUACCAUGAACGACACCUCAAAAUUUCGAAAGAAGUGGGAGACAGGGCAGGAGAAGGAAGAGCGUACUGUAAUCUUGGCAACGCCUAUGACAGUCUUGGAGAUUUCCAGAAAGCCAUAGAGUACCAUGAACGAGACCUCAAAAUUUCGAAAGAAGUGGGAGACAGGGCAGGAGAAGGAAGAGCGUACGGUAAUCUUGGCAACGCCUUUAGAAAUCUUGGAAAUGUCCAGAAAGCCAUUCAGUAUUAUAAGAAGAAUGUUAUUGCUUUCGACCACAUCAGGGGAAACCUCAUAUCUAAUGACGAAUGGAAGAUUAGUCUUGGGAAUAGGUAUGACCAUAUUAAUUUGAGGCUGUGGGAGCUGCAGUUUAAGGAAGGUAAAGUCAUCGAGGCACUUUUAACUGCUGAUCAAGGGCGUGCACAGGCUCUAAACGAUCUUCUGAAGUUCAAGUAUGGCCUUAAAGGGCCACGCUCAGAUAUAGGAACACUUUCUGCAAGACCAAGUGACUUUUUUGGCUACGUACCUUCAAAUACAGCUUUUAUAGCUAUCAACGAAGGAGGAAUAGUUCUGUGGGUGAGCGAGAAAGGAAAAGAAAUCAAAACUAGAAGAAGCGAGAUUGUUAUCCCUGCUACAAACUAUUUUCAGUCUCUUUUGGAAACUCUACAUAAAGAAAUAGGUGUGAGAGCUGAUGUUAUUUGUGAAGAUCGCUCAUUAAAGAACCCAAACGAUAAAAAGUUAGCAGAAGAAAAAACCAUUAAGUCAAAGUCUCAUCCUUCAUGUUUUGAGACAAAAUCAUUACAAACAUUUUACAAUGCUGUUAUAGACCCUAUAAGAGACUUACUCCAGGGCGAUGAGGUUGUGGUCGUUCCACAAGGACCUCUGUAUUUGGCGCCUUAUGCUGCUUUAAUGGACUUGAAAUCAAAGUACCUAUGUGAAACUUUCAGAAUUCGUCUGCUUCCCUCACUUUCUAGUCUUCGAUUAAUCCAAAAUAGUCCAGCAGAUUGGCACAGCAAGACUGGCGCUCUUCUCGUCGGCGAUCCCUGGGUACAGGAGGUAGUUUAUGAGGGAAGGACGCUAGAGCAGUUAGAGUGGGCUGAAAAAGAAGUGCAGAUGAUUGGGGAAAUACUUCAAACUGCACCUCUCAUUGGAAAGCAGGCAACAAAAGAUGAAGUUUUGAGACGUAUCUCCUCGGUUGCUUUGGUGCACAUUGCUGCUCACGGUAAAAUGGAAACAGGAGAAAUUGCCUUGGCCCCUAGCACAACACGUUCAUCAUUCGGAAAUCCAGCUAGGGAGGACUAUCUCUUAACUAUGCAAGAUGUUUUAAAGGCGCAGAUUAGGGCAAGACUUGUUGUACUUAGUUGCUGCCAUAGUGCUCAGGGAGAAGUCAAAUCUGAGGGUGUGGUCGGCAUCGCACGGGCAUUUUUGGGUGCUGGUGCUCGUUCUGUUCUGGUAUCCCUGUGGGCGAUCGAUGACGAAGCUACUAUGGAGUUCAUGAAAGUUUUCUACCAACAACUAGUCCAUGGACGAAGUGCCAGUGAGGCCCUGAAUAUAGCCAUGAAAUCCAUGAGAGAAUCUCACCGCUUUAACGCAGUGAAGUACUGGGCGCCGUUUGUUCUCAUUGGUGAUGACGUAACGCUUGAGUUUGAAGGCAUCGAUUAA